AGUGAAUAUCCAAUUUCGAACAUGUCAAAACCGAUGAUUCCUCGAAAAAAUCGUCGUGAAAGAACAACAUUUAACCGACAACAACUGGAGGUUCUCGAAACACUGUUUGAAGCAACCCAGUAUCCAGAUGUGUUCACUAGAGAAAAGGUUGCAGAGCAGAUACAACUGCAGGAAAGUCGAAUUCAGGUUUGGUUCAAAAAUAGAAGAGCCAAACACAGACAACAAGAAAAACAAAAGCCAAAAUGUGAUAAGAAGGAUCCAACAGGUGCACUUUUACAUUUUAUUAAAGGUUUCAAGUCCUCCGAUAAGGUUACAGAUUUUAAUCGGUUUACACCAUGA